CAGGGGCGGGCAGGGGGAGGAGCGCGUCGGGCCGGGCCGGGGCGGGCGGCGCUGGAGGGACUGGGGGGAGCUGCUGCACCUGAUACACCGGGGCGGGAGCGCAGGGGGGGCGGGAGCGCAGGGAGGGAGGGAGCGGCGCUGCCCUGCCCGCCGCCUGCGAGAGCCUCUCCCCGCCGUUAGUCAGCGCUGGUCUCGCUGCCUCUCCCUCCGCCCGCCUCUUCUGCGCGGAGCUGGGCUCUCGCUCCUGUUCCCCUCGGGGCCGGCGGCAGCGCGUCCACCUCCUCCUCCUCCUCCUCGUUUCCCCCGGGCCCCCAUGGCUUCGGCCGGCAGCGGCAUGGAGGAGGUGCGCGUCUCGGUGCUAACCCCGCUGAAGCUAGUGGGGCUGGUGUGCAUCUUUCUGGCGCUGUGCCUGGACCUGGGAGCGGUGCUGAGCCCCGCCUGGGUGACCGCGGACCACCAGUACUACCUGUCCCUCUGGGAGUCCUGCCGCAAGCCCGGCAACUUGGACAGCUGGCUCUGCGAGUCGACGCUGCACAGCGACUGGCAGAUAGCUACUCUGGCUUUGCUGUUGGGUGGUGCUGCCAUUAUUCUCAUAGCUUUCCUGGUUGGGUUGAUCUCGAUCUGCGUGGGCUCUCGGAGGCGGUUCUACAGACCAGUUGCAGUCAUGCUCUUUGCUGCAGUUGUUCUCCAGGUCUGCAGCUUAGUCCUUUACCCGAUCAAGUUCAUCGAAACGGUCAGCUUGAAAAUAUACCAUGAGUUCAACUGGGGCUAUGGCCUGGCAUGGGGUGCAACUAUAUUUUCAUUUGGGGGUGCCAUUCUUUAUUGCCUGAACCCUAAGAACUAUGAAGACUAUUACUAGAAUCAUUUAAUGAGAAGAAAAGUAAAAAAAAAAACAAAAAGGAUUACCCCAUCUUUUCUAGCUCACAGUUUUUUUAGAACACUCGUGGAGCACCAAACAGUCUGCUCUGUUGAUAAAAUAGCCUUUGCCUUUUGGGUGUGAACACUGUAACCAGCUUUUACAACCAUUUAAAAGAACUGCAAACACUAGGAUUACUGAUCUUACACAGGCAGAUGCUGCGAGCUGCUGAUACGUAAGCUUCAUUUUUCCUGACAACAAGCAAAAGGAUCUACGUGACGCAGCGAUCAUUGUGAGAAAACGAGUUGGAAUGAGAAUGCAAUGCCAGCAUCUGCCAUUGCCUUCAGGGGAGCAGCUGGUAUAGGCUCCAUUUAGAAGUUUCCCUGUAUCAUAGAGGAUUCAGAGGUCUGAUAAGCAGGCAGUGGCAUCUUGUACAAUAGGCUGUGUUGGCCCCUUGUUACUUGCUCAAAAACACUCUUAAGAAAUUAGUUUGCAAGUGACUGCGUUGAGGGAAGUGAAUGUAACUGGUUAAUGACUUGUCUAAUAUCUGCAUUCAACAGUCUUCUGGGAGAAUAAUAAAAAAAAAGGAAAACCCAAACAAGCCACCAACCCGCACAGGAUUUCAUGAAUUCGACAUCACCGUGCCAGCUGUAGCAGAUUGUUGAAAGAAGUCCAAACCAGACUUCUGACUGUGUAGUUGGAAGUUGUCUCAGCUCUUGAGUAUUUUGCUGGAGGGGUGGAGGUAAGGGGGAGUAGGAAAAGACCUGGUCUGUCCCUCAGGCAUCUGAAAGGUAUGAAUGAAUUGCAGUUGUCCUAAGCAACCAUUUAACUUCCAAACAUUGUCAUGAAAAGAAUGCAUAUGGAACAAGUUCAGUUAUAUUUUUGAAAGGUAUUUGUUAGUAUAAAUGAAUAUAUAUAAUGCAGAUAUUUAUGCAGAGGGAGAGAGACAAUUUGUCUUAAAAUUAUAAUAUGAGCUGUGAUGCAGUGGUUAAAAUACUAACGUUGUACACAUUCUUGAAAGUCUUGGAUUGGUACCCCCAAUUUUGGUUGGUGUUACAAAAUAAACAUAAAAUGAUUUGUCUUCUGUAUAUGCCCUUGUACAGACUCUGUGUUAUGGGAAAUGCUUAAAAGUUCACAUCAAGUUAAGGUAGAACUGGACAAAAAAACUACUUGCUAUUCCGUAUGUAAUUUAAUACUUACUAAAAAUUCUUUUCUAAGCCUGUUGCAAAUUAAAAAACUGCCAUUUUUUAAAAGUCUAGUUAGGUUCUGAAUGUCUCUGAUCAUCAAGAAUACAGCCGAGAAUCCAUCAUGUCCAUAUGAAAACAUUAGCACUACAGGAGGUAAUCUCUUGUUUUUAAAAGCUGAAUUUAUAAUGGACUGUCUGAUGAUUAUGUACAUCCGAUUAUUCCUUGCUUAGUAUGUUUCCCACUUAAAACAUCCAGAGACUGUACUCAUGAAAUGAAACGGAAGAUAAAGUUGGGAGAACUUUCACAUAUAUUUAAUCUGCAUCACUUUUAUUUUUGUUUACAAUUUGCUUAUUUGGAUAUUUUCAAUUAAUUAUGAGCAUAUUUUUAUACAAUUGUAAUCUUCAGAAAUAACUAUUUUUUUUAAUGGAGAAAAUUAAAAUAUAUUCUAUGUGGACCUCUGCACAAGCAGAUAUGCUGGGGCUGCACAUCCACCUCUGCACAAAUGGUUUUGCUGGUUCCAUGGAAAAAGCUCCUGGAUUCCUGGAUGUUAAGAUCGCAUCAAUAGUGUUCGUGCUGUGCCACCAUUUACAGGGCGCUGAGGUUCUGCAGUGACUGUGGGACCACAGGGCUGCCUUUAGGAGGUUGUUGUGUGAGUAUUGCUGACGUAUGAAGAAGGUUUAUAAAACUCUGGGGCUCUCUGGAGUUCGGUCUUUUACUACCAGGGCAGCAUAUUCCAUAUCAGCAGUCUUUGCAGGACCAGUGGUGAUUAAUUAGAUUAGAUGGAGCAAAAUGAUAGCUUGACAUGGAAGGGAUUGUGUGGCAAUGCCUGGAGAACAAAAAGGAUGGGAGGAAAAAUUAUGUCCAGUUGUUUCACAGGCACCAGAGAGCGUUUGUAACUCUGCUUUUUUUCCUGAGACUGACUUAAGGCAGAUAUUCAGUAUAUAGUUAACUCUGUAUCUUUCUGAACAGCUGCGUAGUUCUGCUUUUAUUUAGCAGCAUGGAGAACAUUGUAGUUUGGCAUGGGAAUUAGGUUAGCGUAGAGAAGCCCACUGAGAGAAGACGUCUGUACCUUUCUUAAGAGGAUGGUGUUUUGGUGCUGACAAUGAGUGGCACUUGGUCUGUGCUGACAGGAAGGUACAAUGCUGAACCGAUAUCUUACCCACUAAUUUAUCAAAUUAUUUUUCUGUAUGUAGAGUUUGAGUGAAAGCAACUGUCAGGCCUAAGGCAAAUGCAAAUGAACGGCAUGUGCUCUGCAAGUCACCGGCUGUUAAUGUGAAAGGUGUUCAGGCAAAACAAUUUACAAACAUGAAUGCCUAAAGACAAAGUUCUUUAUUCUUAUUUGAGUCAGAAAUUUGAUUUUCAGUUUCAACAUGUGCUUUUCCUCUUGAAGAUGAUGCAAUCUAUCAGGAUACACCUCUCUGACUCCUCAGGCCCUUUGUGUCUGGGCAUCUAGUAAGUGGACAGGCUUUAAAGGUCUUUAAAGGCAACAUCCACGUGGCUUCCCAAACCCUUGCUCAUUAUGGGGGAGUUCCUCCUGCUUCACUGCUGCUGUCCUCAGAAGGGUCUAGCCCAUCUGAGGAAUCAGCUUCAUCAAAGGAAAAAUUUUUAUUUCUUUUUUUUUUUCCCCUGUACUCAGCGCUGGUGAGGCCACACCUGGAGUACUGUGUCCGGUUCUGGUCCCCUCAGUUCAGGAAGGACGUUGAGGUCCUGGAGCAGGUCCAGAGGAGGGCAGCUAGGCUGGUGAAGGGACUCAAGCACAAGUCCUGUGAGGAGAGGCUGAGGGAGCUAGGGCUGUUCAGCCUGGAGAAGAGGAGGCUCAGGGGAGACCUCAUCACUCUCUACAACUCCCUGAAAGGAGGUUGGAGCCAGGUGGGGGUUGGUCUCUUUUCCCAGGCAACUAUCAACAAGACCAGAGGGCAUGGUCUCAAGUUGUGCCAGGGGAGGUUUAGGUUAGAUAUUAGAAAGAAUUUUGUUACAGAGGGGGUGAUCAGACAUUGGAAUGGGCUGCCCAGGGAAGUAGUGGAUUCUCCAUCCCUGGAGAUUUUUAAAAAGAGACUGGAUGUGGCACUUAGUGCCACGGUCUGGUAACCGCAGCGGUGUUGGAUCAAGGGUUGGACUUGAUGAUCUCAGAGGUCCCUUCCAACCCAGCUGAUUCUAUGAUCUAUGAUUCUAUGACAUAGGUACCUACCUUUAGCUUAGGUGCUACUGCAGUGUCUUUAUUUCCCCUUUACCAUUGCAAAUUUCGGCAAGCAUUCUGUUUCUCAGCACUGAACUAAAAGCAAAUACAACUUUAUGCUGAUUUUUUUUUUUUAAGCCACAAAAAUGAUGCAUAUCUGUGUCUUGAGUGUACGUAUGACAAAUUAAUAAUUUUGUAUGUUGUGCUUGUGUCAUGUCACCAUUAUUUCAGUUGUUGGACUUUAUCUCACUGGCAAAAUGAUUCUCUCCCACAGCAAAUCCAUUUUUUUUCUUCCAAAUAUAUAUGAAUAAAUAUAUAUAUAGCAAACUUGCAAGCAGGGCUAGUUAUUUGUAUUUUUUAAGCUUAAAGUAUACCGUCCAGUGCUGACAAAUACCUGGCACCUCUUCUGGAUUUCUUGCACAACUUCAUUUAGCUUUUGUAAAUUUUAAAAACAAAUAUAGAGAGACCUAUGUGUUUGAAAUAUAAAUGAUAUAUAUGGAUUAGCAUGUAACUGUAUAUUAUUAAACAUGCAAUGAACUGACUGGCAAGUGAAGUCUAAUCUUAUGGCUAGCAAUGUAAUUUAUUCAGACUGUAUUUUUGUACAGCGCAGUGCACACUAACCUGUUGCCUCUGUGUCCUCUAUAAUGCCUAAAACUGUGCCUAGAAAUGUCAUUUAUGUCUUUCAAGGAAAAAGAAAAUUACUAAAUGCUUCAUGUUGUUGAUAGUAUUGGUUUUUCUGAUGUUGUUCUUUAUUUAUUUUUGAGAAGUGUAUGGUAUGUUUAUUAAAUGAAUCCAUCACAAUA